AUGAUAUCGACAUUGGUACUUCGCCGCCUCAAAAGACAUAAUUGUAUUACUGAAAAGUUUACUUUAUUCCCCUCGGGUCAGAGCGCUUGUGUAAACAACCCAUGCAAGAACAACGCCACUUGUCAAAGCGGUUUUACCGACAAAGGAUAUCACUGUUUGUGUACUGCUGGAUUUAAGAGCUUGACAUGUGAUGAAGAUAUCGAUGAAUGUACUAUUGGAAAUCACGACUGUGGUACCAAUGCCGUGUGCAACAACACCAAGGGAUCGUACAAUUGCACAUGCAUAACUGAUUAUUUGGGAGAUGGAAAGAAAUGCAUUAGAAAGGUUUCUACGUGCAAGGAAGUUUAUGACAGGAACACAUCAACUGUGGAUAAACUGGUGACAUUGCACAUUGAUUCAAAACCAAUUUCCGUGUUCUGUCAUAUGAAAAUCGAUGGAUGUGGCAAUGGAGGAUGGACGCCACUCAUGAAAAUCGAUGGUGAUAAGGACACCUUCCACUUUGGCUCACACUACUGGACUGAUAAGAACGAAUACAGCCCCUUUGGCGGACAGACUGCGUUUGAUAGGCAAGAGACCAAGUUAUCGACUUACUGGAACACGCCCUUCUCUAAGAUCUGUCUCGGUAUGAAGAUCGACCAACAGCUCAAGUUCAUCGUCAUCAAAAAAAAGGCCGACUCUCUAUACUCGCUGAUUGCGGACGAAAUAUAUCGAAGCACAUCACUGGGUCGCGGGAAAUGGAAGGCGUUGAUUGGUUCGAAGGGUUCCUUACAACUCCAUUGUAACAAGGAAGGCUUUAAUGCUGUCUCUGAUGAACGUCAUUCUAGAGCUAGAAUUGGAAUACUUGGUAACAAUGAAAAUGAGUGCAAUACUUGUGAUUCCAGAAUUGGGUUUGGUACUGGGGGUGAUCCUGAUAACUCUAUAACAUGUGGAAAUGCAGCCUCAUGGCUUUAUGGGUCGGAUAAUGGAAAAAGUGAUAUCAAAACAAUGGGGUACAUCUUAGUGCAGUAGAAAGCACUACUCGGGAAAGAUACCACGUGCACGAAACGAUAAAAUGGUGUUACUGGAACCUUAAACGGCCGGGAAUCAUUAUCAGGGCAAUUAAAUUGCACAUGAAUGAAUAGGUGGAUGGACAUAUCAGGACGAGUACGUAAAUAAAAGUCGAAAAAAAGGAAUCAGUCAUUACAUAAGUACCCUGAAUGUCUAACUUUAAGAAUCAAGUUAUAAGAUACUUUGAGAUUUAAUGAUUUUUCCUAUAAUCAGCAAUGAGAUGCAGAUCUUUUAAAAUGAGAUAUUUGACCAAAUUUGAUAAUUGCAAAUGAAUGAAUAGGAGAAUGGACAGAUCUGGACGAGUACGUAAAUAAAAGUCGACGAAAAUGAAUCAGUCAUGACAUAAAUACCCGAGUGUCUAACUUUAAGAAUCAAGUUAUAAGAUAAUUUGGGAUUUAAUGAUUUUUCCUUUAAUCAGCAAUGAGAUGUAGAUCUUUUAAAAUGAGAUAUUUGAUCAAAUUUGAUAUCAAGCUUUAGGUGUAGCAUGUCUAAUAUUAAAAUUCACUUUAUUGGAGUUUUGGUUGCCCAAAACUUGAGGUAUACUGUGCUUUAAAGUUCUUUGUUAUAUUGGCGAAGCUUACUAACAUAUUAAUUAUAUCGGCGAAGCCUACCGACAUGUUAAUUCCAUGAUAAUCUAAAUUCAUAAUUAGUUCAUAGAAUGGAAGGAAUAUUUAGACAUUUUUUAAAUGACUCUUGGAUUAUAAGACAGUAGGUAAGCUGAGAAUCGCAAACAGCUUACAGAAUAUCACUCGAAAUACCAGCGCAAAAAGAAAUUACACCAUCUCAAGAAAUUUUUUGUCUUCCUUUGAAUCUACUGCGAAUUUGAACACACAGGGCAUUUCUUUUCAAUUCUAGAUACUGCAAGUGAGGGAAACAGGAAAUCGCGAUAAGCUUUAACCAGUUAUUUGCCAGUUUGUCACAGUUUCCAUUAAUAUUGACAAGUUACCGCUAUUCAAUGUCACAGGUCAUUUUUGCUUCAUGUUGAGUUAUCUCUUAAGAUAAUUAAGGAAACCUUGCUAUAAUGAUUCUUAGAAAAUGGGUAAAACCGCUGAAAGAGUCUCAAUGCGGCGAUGACUUUUACAGCUAAGGGUUAAACUUUUGGCCAUUUUACGGCUAACAGUUAAUAUAGUUCCAUUGCUGUCAAUACAAUUUUCUUCAGCGGUUCACAUAUUUAAAAAACUAUUUAAAGACUACUGGUUAAACAAUUUCUUUUUACGCCCAACGUUUUAAUAUGUUGGCCGUUUUACGGCAAACGGUUAACACCAUUCAGAUCCUCCUGUGAAGAACGACUUUAAUUAACGACGGCGAAGAUUCACAUGGAUUGCACAUCACAAUAUCCUUCAAAAAAGUUAGCGAUAAUUCGUUACCUUUCCAGCAAAAAAACAAAAACAAACUAAAACCAAGCCAAAACAAAACAAAAAGACAAAGCAGGAAAUAUUAAGAAAGGAAAAAAAAAAAAUUUAGUGAUGUAUUUUUCAUGGAUCCUGUAUUCCAAUAGCAGCAACAGCU